GUCUUACCAUUUUCCAAAUUUAUCGUUUAUGGUAAGAAUAGAAAAGCAAGAUCGAUAACUUUGAAGUAGACUUGAAAACUAAAAACAUAACAGUAGAUAACAUUGAAUGAUAGAUCAUCUUCCUAAAUUAAAAUCUAGACCUUAACCAUGUCAUCAGUUGAUAAUGAAAGAUCUGAUGAUGCACCGCCUCAGCCUCCAGUCACCGACCAUCAAAGAGAACUAGCUGCCCAAGCCAUGAGCGAGUUUGAAAUGGGCCAGUAUGUUAAUUGUAGCAAAACUAUGAGCCAGCUGGCCGAUGCCAGGCCAACUGAUGUCAAGGUUAUCUUGAAUCGUUCAGUAGCUUUAUUCUAUCAAAGUCAGUGCAAAGCUGUCGAUGAGUUCCGACAUAACAUCCAAACAGUUUUCACCAUGGCUAGGAUUUCUCCAGACCUUAGUGAAAAGAGCAACUUGGACGAUGCAGACUAUGCCGUAGUCUAUUACAAUAAGGCCGUCAUUUUGUAUCAUGAGAAGCAGCAUAGAGCAGCGCUCUCCAUCCUAGAGAAACUAUUUAAAUAUAUUGAACCAAUAGAUGAAGCUCUGGCGCAGAAAGUAAUGUUACUGUUAACAGAAUUGUAUCUCUCGGUCCAUCAACCUUUUGAUGCUUGGAGAAUGAUUUUGAAUAUUGAGAAAUUUCUGAGUGGUAAAAGUCAGUCAUCACAAGGAGAUAAGGACAAAAAUGAUUCCAACAACGCUGGAGCUCAGGAAGCCUUGAAAGCAAAAUUAAAUUUGUAUAAAGUACGCUGUAACCUAAUGUCCAAGCAAAUGAAAAAUAAGAAAGAGUAUAAAGCACUUCAAGGGAAUAGUCCUCCAGUUGUCUAUGUGAAGGCAUAUUAUGAAUAUUUAAAAGGAAAUCUGAAGAAGGCAGCCAAAAUGUUGGGCAAUCCACCCAGUUCGCAUCUGUCCCCCAGCACUGGAGAGUGUCUUGCUGUUUUAUAUCAUAAUAAUCAAGCUCUGAUCAACAUGUGUUUAAAAAAGCCAAAUUUUGGUAUCUGCCAAAUACGAGACGCCUUGAAAUUCAAUGAGAAAAUAAUGAGAGAUGCAGUCCCUAAUGAUAAAGCCCGACCUCCACUCCAGCUCAGCUAUGUCAGUCAACAUUAUGUUCUUCUCUACAAUCUGGGCGUGCUCCAGUUACACAGCCAGCGACCCAGCUUGGCCUUUGAUUGUUUUGUUGAAUGUGUGCAAGUCUAUCACAGAAACCCCAGACUCUGGCUAAGGUUAGCGGAGUGCUGUAUCAUGUUCCAUAGAGAGAACAAUGAUGUGGAUAGGGAACACAGACACAAGUUGGAAGUUAUUCAGGCAUCUGUUGGCUCUGGCUUCCAUCACAAAUUGAUCUUGGGUCAAGGAGUUCAGAAAGAUAGAAAAGUCAGCGCCUCUGGGGGUGUGUUUCCUACUUUAAAUCUAGGAUUUGCUUCAUUCUGUUUAAAAAAUGCUUUCGCCUUAUUACCCGUGGACUCGUUGGAUGUAAAAAGUCCACCACCAGAUGAGCAAGCUGAGUCUGGACCUCCACCUACUGACCCAGUGCUAGUAUCAGCAGAGCCUGGGAAUCCUCUCCGAGAGACAGAAGCUGCCAAUUUAAGAUGUUCCAUUCUAGCCGCCAGUGCUUAUGUGGCUUUGUGUGAAAAUGAGUAUUGUAAAGCCCUGGCACAUGCUGUCAAUCUAUUACGGCAACCAAACUUGACGGCAGCUCAGAGAUACUUGGGUCACAUGUACAAAGGGGAAGCAUUAGUUACACUGGAUAGAAUAGCGGAUGCAAUCGAUGAACUGAAUCCAGAGAAAGUCACAGACAUCAGUACCAGCCUCCCAGAAGCAAACAAUGAUCAAGAAAAAGAACUGGAUGGGUUAGCAGAAAACAGAAUGUUGAGAAAAUAUAUCUUUCUUUUAGCUUCUCUGGUGAAAUGGAGCCCAGACUCUGUGACUGUGGCUAAAGGUUUAAUGCAGUACAAUCUGGCUGUGGCUUAUGCCAUGAGAACUGAUUAUGAUAAGUCGCUUAGAGCUUUAACAGAGUCUUCAGAGAAAGUUGGUAGCCCAAUACCUGUCCAGAUGUUCUACCUCAAGCUUUACUUAGACCUUAAACAAGGCAACAAGAAAGCAGCCAUUAAUGUCAUCAAUGAACAUUUUGGUUAUAUCUCUCGAAGUUGAGUCUGAUUUCAUCAUCAUGUCUGGAGCUGCCUUCUUAGUCAAGUCUGAAGCUGCCUUCUUGGUCAUGGCUGGAGACUACUGUUUUUUUAAGUUGGAAUUUUUUUUUCUUUUAUGAUAUUUAAGUUUUUUUUUUUUUUUUCGUGUGUUUGACUAUUAUUCACUUUCUAAUCUACUGCCAUCGUAAUGUAGCAAUAGCUCUCAUUACUAUUGUGUACAAAUACCACAUUUACUAAUUGACUAAAUCUCAUGGCGUGUAAACACAGAGCAGUUGUCUUUCUUUGAUUUACAUGCCUCAAUAGAAUAAACUUGAUACAAAUUUC